GGACCCGGCUAGUUAAAUCAGCGGAUACUGAAUUGAUACGUUAUAUGGAACAUAUCCAUGGAAUGGUUGUCCUAACGUUAUGUCGUAGCUAGUUGACAACUUGCUAGCUUGGUGGUAUGGAUUAAUCACAGGCCGGCGUUAGAUGGACAUUGGACAUGGACAACAUACGCUUGUCUUUUUCUGUGGCCAAGUUAGUUAGCUAGCUAACUGUAACGUUAGCUCAUAAGCUAGUGUGACUGACGUUACAUCCGCAAGAGACAUACUGACUUGGCGGAAGGAAGGCAAGGAAAGCAGAAAAAGUUACCUUGAAGGAAGGGAGGAAAUUAUUAAGUAGUACCGCUGCUUAUGCAAAGCUAGCAUACUUCUUGGUCUCUCGAGUUUACCCAUUGUGACGCAUUUAGAAACGGUCUGAUCUGUGCACACUGUGUGACAUAUAACACUUGGUUAGCUAGCUAGCUAGCUGUCAACAACAACAGUCCUCUUGGCUAGCUGUGUAGCGGACGAGAGCUAGCACGCUAGCCACAAACUUUGAAAGAACUUGUGUAUUGCUAGCUAAAGCAGUUCUCUGACUGGUUAACUUGCAAACCUGUGUUUUAACGGUUCAUUGUCGGACUCUUUUCCUCUUAUCCGCUCUGGCACUAGGGCGACAGGAGAAAUUCAUGGCAUCGGAUGUGAUUGAGAGUGAAGCGGUGCUGAAGGGUGUAAGUGAUAUGAAUUUGAACAAUAGCAGCCCAGGUUUUGUCACACCCAGGAGGACUCAUGAAGAGCUGAGUCACAGACAGACGUCUAGUCCCUCAUCUUCUGGAGUAUCGGGAGAAGGUGACGAGUUAGAAAAUAGCACAGCUUCAACAGUCGAAAAUGGCGAAGAGGCACUUCAACAGAGUCCAACCAAGACAAGAGGUACGCCACAGGAAAGGAAAACUCCAGACAAUGAACAGAAACAGCCGGGAGCAAGAAGCUCAACCCCAGUAAGCCUACCCCAGCCACGCUCGCCAACUGGACCCAUUGGAAGCCUGGAGCGCCAAGAGUCCGUUGCCACAACAGAAGCUCGCCUGAGAAUGGAAGGAGUUGAACUUAAGGAAGAGUGGCAGGAUGAGGACUUUCCACGGCCCCUACCGGAGGAAGAGGAGCUUGAAGAUGAGCUUUUUGGAACCUCGGAAGAGAUGGACCCUGGCUAUGCAAUGGACCAUGGCAAGAAGGCCAAGAAGAAGCUUGCAGCUCCGGACAUCAGUCUUACACUGGACCACAGUGAAGGCUCUCUUCUCUCUGAUGAGCUGGAUGAAAGUACAGAGCUGGACCUCGACGACAUAGACACACCUUCAGACAACAGUAAUGAGUUUGAAUGGGAAGAUGAUCUCCCCAAGCCGAAAACCACACAAGUCCUACAGAAGGGCGUGGAGUCCGUCCAGGAGUUCUCCUCCUCGGAGGAGAGGGAGGAGGGUCGACGCUGGAGGGUGUUUCGUUUCGGAGACCAGGAACACAGAGUGGACAUGAAGGCCAUCGAGCCAUACAAAAAGGUUAUCAGCCACGGAGGUUACUAUGGCGAUGGAUUGAAUGCCAUAAUUGUGUUCGCUGUGUGUUUCAUGCCGGAGAGCAAUCAACCAAAUUACAGAUACAUCAUGGACAAUUUAUUCAAGUAUGUCAUCGGCACGCUGGAGCUUUUGGUUGCUGAGAACUAUAUGAUUGUGUAUUUGAAUGGGGCAACCUCUCGGAAAAAGAUGCCAACUGUCGGCUGGCUCAGAAGGUGUUAUCAACAGAUUGAUAGGAGGUUAAGGAAGAACUUGAAGUCUAUGAUAAUUGUCCAUCCCUCUUGGUUUAUUCGCACCCUGCUGGCAAUCACAAAACCUUUUAUAAGCUCCAAAUUUAGUCAGAAAAUCAAGUAUGUGUUCAGCUUGACAGACCUUGCAGAACUGGUCCCAAUGGAGUAUGUGUCCAUACCAGAUUGCAUCAAACAGUUUGACGACGAAAAAAAUAGGAAAAGCCCUAAAAGAAUCGACCAGGACAUGCAUGGCAAACUGGAGGUCGCAGCUGCUGCUGUUCCAGAGUGACUCUGCUCACACUGCAAGAUGUGGAGGAGAAUGUUUCAAACUGCCACUCUGUUUGUUCUGGACAACGUGACUGAAGACUUAGCUCAAGAAAGUGCCUUUUAGAAACUGUGCUGCCUGUUACAUUGUGGAACUUUUUACAGCUUGAUCUUCAUCAUUUUUCCACAUGCUGUCUGAAAUGUUUUUAAUCCUUGUUUUUGUUUUUCAAUGUACUGCCGAUUUAUCAUGUCAAACAUAGCUUGUUGGUGUUUCCUAGUUAAAGGUGUUUGCCAGUUAUUGUUGUAUCUACACAUUAUUUAAGGCACUCUGUUACAAAUGGUUGAUGCAUGUUCUACUUUAUUACAUUUAAAUAUAUAUUUAUAUUCAUAAGGUGACUGGAGAGAAAUUAAUAUAUUUUUAUGGUUGCUCUGAUUUUUAAACUGCAUUUUAGGUUUUCUGACCCAUCGAGUUGCAUUUUAUAGAACAAGUUUUGACAGCACCUUUUUCACUGUUCACCGCUGAUGUUAUCUAUCAAAAUCCUGCCUGGGGAAAAUAAAGUUCUUUUUUGCCCCUCACUUAAAUGUGCCCUCUGACUUGUAAAGGGAGAACAUUUGUGAGAGCAACAAUCUGAAGCAAAGGUGUAGGUCUUAAUGUAACAUUUCCUCCAAGUAAAGUCAUGGAUCCACA